AGCCCCCACAAGACGAAUGAAUUAGAAAAAGCUGCUGUAGCCUCCACCUGCUUUUUCUCCUCUCUCACUUCCUGUGUUGAAGCAGAAAACAACCCUCAUCCAGACAGUGACAAGCGGAUACCAGGCGUCCAGUGUGCAGAUUCACCAUGGGGAUCAAGGCUGCCCUCCCCAGAUAUGAGCUGUAUCUCUACACAGCCGUGCUCGGCGGGGCCUUGAUAUGGGCAGGCAGUUGGAUAUUUGAAGCUUCAAGCGACAAUGUAAACAGAAAGGCCUUCAAAGAAAGUGUGAAACCAGGAUGGCAUUACUUUGGCAGGAAAAUGGAUGUUGCGGACUUCGAGUGGAUGAUGUGGUUCUCUACAUUCCGCAAUCACAUUCUUUUUUCUCUUGCCGGUCACGUGAUCUUUGCCAAGAUAUUCACCCUGGUAGCUCCAAAGAUUGGUAUAGAUGGAUGUAAGCACAGAUCCUUGAUCUUUGGUGUGUACGGUGGUUUGGCAGUCCUGGUCACCAUGGGCUGGACCUUCAUGGCUCUGGUUCUGUCUCACUGCUUCAUCCUCUACAGCGUCGCUCUGGUUAAGAGGAAAUGGAUGUGCUUUGCUGCAGGUCUGACCACGCUGGCCUCCAUCAAACUGGAGCCGUACAACUCCUGGCAGGAAUCCUUGGUAACGGGUUCCUUCGACCUGCAGGACAUCUUGUUCUACGGCGGCUGUGGCUUCAGCAUCAUUCGCGGGAUGAGCUUUGCGUUAGAGAACUGUGAGAAAAAAGACGGAAACUUCACGUUCUCCGACCUGCUGAAAUACAACUUCUACCUCCCAUUCUUCUUCUUUGGACCUAUAAUGACCUUCGACCGCUUUCAUGUCCAGGUCAACAACACUCAGCUGACGCGUAAGGAGAGAGAGAUGUGGAACAUCACCACCAAGGCUCUGCUGCAUCUGGGAGUUAUUCUGGUGGUCGACGUCUUCUUCCACUAUCUUUACAUCCUGACGAUCCCCAGCGACAUGAAGCUGGCCACCAGACUGUCUGACUGGUGUCUGGCUGGUCUGGCUUAUUCCAACCUGGUGUACGAUUGGGUGAAAGCAGCCGUGAUGUUUGGUGUCAUCAACACUGUUUCCACUCUGGACCACCUGGACCCUCCUCAGCCUCCGAAAUGCAUCACGAUGCUCUACGUCUUCGCUGAGACGCACUUUGACAGAGGCAUCAACGACUGGCUGUGCAAGUAUGUGUACGACUACAUUGGUGGGGAUCAUGAUAAAAUCUUCAAAGAACUUCUCGCGACUUUCUGCACUUUUUCCAUCACCACCCUGUGGCUGGGUCCAUGUGAGCUGGUUUACAUCUGGUCCUUCUUCAACUGCUUCGGCCUCAACUUUGAGCUGUGGGUGGCCAAGUUCUUCUCCCUUCCACCUUUUUCUACCAUAGAGGGUGCUAUGGGUGAAGCCAUGUCACGCAGGAUCCGCGGUGUGUUCAACGCUGCCAACUUCUGGGCCAUCGUCCUCUACAACGUUCUCUCCCUCAACAGUUUGGAGUUUGCCAAAAUGGUGGGGCGAAGACUGAUUUUCAAAGGUUUCCCUCUGUCCACCCUCUCAGUGCUGUUUGUCACCUACUGUGGUGUGCAGCUGGUGAAGGAAAGGGAGCGGCAACAAGCUCUGCUGGAGGAACCGGAGCCAGUGAAGCCAGCAGAGGGGGACAAAGAAAAAGCAGAAUAAUCAGACAGAAAAAAAUGAGCUCCACAGACUUCGUGGUCAACAGGCCCUCGUGUGGUUCCAUCCUCGGCCUUUGUAACAGAACCGGACUGUAGCAGCCAGUCAGCACCUACUUUGUUCACACGCCGACGUUUUUGCUUUUGUUUGUCAGAAGCAAGGCAAUGUUUUGAACUGUGAAAUAUCCUCAAGUGCACUUGCUGUAGAUAAUCGCCACGUUCUUUGGCACAAACCCACCGAUGGUGCAUUUUGUAUUUUAGUCUUUUAUCCGAACAAAAGAUUGUCUUAGCAUAUUAUAAUAAGCCUGCCAAAAAAUAUGAAGCUAUAUCUAAGAGUAUAUAUAAGGACACACAGUAUCUUAAAGGAACAACUAUUUUGCUCUGUGUGGUUGUGUCCUUGUUCAUUUUUGAUUUUUCUCAAAUUUUUUCUUUCUUUUUUUAAAAACAUCAUCAUUACUAUUAUUCAUUCUAGUCAUAUAGUUUCUUAAUUUUUGCCUUAGACACUACUUAUAACAAUUUCUAAUCAUAUUGAAAGGGUUUAAACUUGAAAAAACUUGAAAUCAGGGCGUCACAAAUGGAGUGCAAUAAGGAAAACAAAGGGUGCUGUGGAGAUCCUCCACACAGCUUGCAGCUCUGAUUGUAAUGUAUAUUUGCAAAAAAAUAACACUGUAUGGGUUAGUUCACUGUAUUUAACUGUUGAGAAUGUAAUAAUUUGUUUUGAAAUUGAAUGUAGUUCAGUCACUGUCUGGAGAACGUCUGCCUGACUCCACAACCUCACCGUGUCUCUGUCGGUUUGGCAUUUCAUAAUCUUCCCUCCUCACAUGAUUCAGGCCCUCAGUAAGGCAACAGGCCCAGCAGGGAAUGUGGGUCGGUCUUAUCCCGCCUGUCACCAAAACCUGCUGUGUGUCUUCAGUGCAGCUGACAGGGAGAAAAAAAAAACUUUAUGGAGAAUGUAAUGCCUUUUCUGUCUUCAUUCAGAGGUUUUCAUUUCACUCGUUUGACUUGAAAUAAAGUUUUGUUUCUUCCAAAAGUCAAA